AUGUCCUAUGCCUACCGCUUGGGCACUUGGGAGCAAAACAGAACGCUCGGUCUGCAUUCCGACCUUGGCGCAAGGGCAAUGAUUGCUUUUGUUGUCCAAAGCCUUCCAGGCCCGGCCAUCGGCUUCUACUUCUACGAGUUUGCUUCGACCACCAACGACGAGGAAAUGGAAAACGGCCCCUUCGCUGAUGCACUCUGGUUCUGA